AACUGAGCCACCCAGGCACUCCUUUAGGCUUUUAGAGUGAGAUUUUGUGUCAGUCUGGCUGGAAACUGGACUCUUGUCUAAUGUUUCCUAUAGCUGUAGGUGUCAGAGCUUGCAGUUUCUUCUAGUUUCUUUCUUUUUCUUUCUUUUAAAAAAAAAAAUCUUUCCAUACCUCUGUUGUCUCUAGGUUUUCCUAAGAACUCCUCCUUACAUGGAGUUUGUAACUUGCAGCUUGCAACUUUUUCAGUUAUAAUGCACUGCUAACAUACGCUAGCCUACUGAAGCCUAGAUGAUAUGGUAGGGCUUUGAGGAAGAAAAGCAUUGUGUAAUUUUAGGAUUAGAUCUUGUAUUUUUGGUGGGCCUGAGUCCUUAGGAUGUGAUUUUCUGAAUCGUUGAUUAGUCUCUUUUCUUAUCUCUUUACCUAAGACAGAUGGCUAGAGGAGGCUAGAGUUGGCGGUUGCUCUUCCUCCAGGUCAGAUAAAGCUCUAGUCAAGUACUCUUCCUUGGAGUGCAGGCUUUUGUUAUGGAGAACGCUUUAGGGACAAUGCAAAUUGUCCCUACUGUCCAAAUUGUCCCCAAUUGGUUACGCUGUUCUCCCCUCCCCCAUCUAAAACACAAGGGUAUGUUUUAAAAUAUUUUUUCUCAUGGGAACCCAGUGGAGUUCUUGGAGCUAAAAUUCAUAUAAGUAUUGAGGCUUUUCCAAGUCUGGACCCUCAGUUGUUUGUUUGUUUUUUUCACUUCACCCCUUUUUAUUUUGGAACAGUAUUUCAUUCCAUUCUAUGAUUAUACAUCAUCCAAUGAGGGGCAUUUGGACUGUUCUAAGGUUGGAAUUAUUAUGAAAAGCACUGCUAUGAACAUUGAUGAACAAGUCUUUAUGUGCGUAGCGAGAAGAAGGUAAGAGGGAAGAUAAAAAAAGAAGAACAACAGACAGAUGGAUAUGAUGUUCAGGAGGUUCGAGGGAAGAUGCCAAAGCAAGUUAUGUCGUGAAUGAAACAAGCAGUAGAAGAUUGUUUAUCUUGGCACCUAAAUAGCAGAAGCAUCUAGGUGAACAACAAUUGUGUGCUGGCCCCAGGAUACUAAUCAGAACUUCUUCCUGACUUUCAAGGCACAAGGCUCAGUACCUGCAGAAGCCUUUUACCCAUCUAAUCCGGGCGUGGGGACAACAUGUCUGCACCUAGGAAGGCCACAGCAGAGUCUGAGAAUUUGGAAAGUACAAACAAGCACAGAAACACAAGGAAGGCUUUUGAUCUGUGAUCCUUCUGGAAUGUUUGAAUAUGGAUAUUUAAUUGAACCAGCACCAGGAAAAGAUAUGGAGGGAGAGGACUCUAAUUGGAAAGACGUGAUUUCCUGGGAGAGUUUGCCUUCAUCAAGUCAGACACCUAGAUCAGUGACUCGUGAGGUUUUGGCAAAGGAAGAUAGCUCAGAGGAGGUAAAAUUCUCUCCUCAGAGUUCCCAAAAUGAUUAUGAGGAUAUUUUAAAAGAUGCUACAGAAAGUGACAGUGACCCAAGCAUAUGGGCCACCAGUGGCUUCCUAAGAGACAAGUGGAGCAGUGAGGAUGAAGAACUUGCAGGGCCAUCCCAGACUGUCCCUCCUCAGCUCCACGGUAUACAAAUUGUUUCUGAAAGGGAGCUAGCUCAGCUGGCUCAUGUUCGACCAUUAAUAUUCAGUUUUCGUGAGCAAUUAACCAUCAAGGAUUGUUUUAACGUGCUUGAGAAAAAAGUAGCAGAAUUUGAAAUCCUCCAGGAAUUUAUGACUUUAGAUUUUCAGAACCUACCUGGUGAGUUCAACUCUGGGAAUGACCUACGCAACAGAGACAAAAACAGAUAUCGAGAUGUUCUUCCAUAUAUUUCUGUUUUUAUGAUAGAUGAUUCAACACGUGUUCCUCUUGGAGAAAACAAAGACUACAUCAAUGCUAGUUAUAUUAGAAUAAUGAAUUCUGGAGAAGAGUAUUUUUAUAUUGCUGCUCAAGGACCACUGCCAAGUACCACAGAUGACUUCUGGCAAAUGGUUUUAGAAAAUAACUCUAAUGUUAUUGUCAUGAUAACCAAAGAGAUAGAAGGUGGAGUUGUCAAAUGCCACCAUUACUGGCCCAUUUCUAUGAAGAAGCCUUUGGAAUUGAAAAACUGUCGUGUCUUCAUGGAGAACUACCAGAUACUUCAAUGUUUCAUCAUCCGAAUAUUUCAAGUUGUGAGGAAGUCUACAGGAACUAGUCACUUUAUAAAACACUUGCAGUUCACCAACUGGCCAGACCAUGGCACUCCUGCCCCAGUAGAUGGCUUCAUAAAGUAUGUACGUUAUGUGAGGAAGAGCCACCUUACAGGACCUGUCCUUGUUCACUGCAGUGCUGGUGUGGGCCGGACGGGGGUGUUCCUCUGUGUGGAUGUUGUGUUCUGUGCCAUCGAAAAGAACUUUCCAUUCAACAUCAAGAAUAUAGUGGCCCAAAUGAGAGAACAGCGUUCUGGCAUGAUUCAAACAAAGGAGCAGUAUUGCUUUUGUUAUAAAGUUGUGCUUGAAGUUCUUCAGAAGAUUCUGACUUUCGAUUAAGAAAGACUUCUGUUGCCUCACACUUGAAAUUACCAAUGGCUUGGAGUCUCCUCGUAAAGAACAUGUUCCAGCUGUCCUGAAGGGCUUUGCUUAGGCGUACAAUGUACUUUCUUGGUGUGUCAUUUGACUGUCUUUCUGACAACUCCCGGAAGGCAGCAUCAUUUGGUUUGCAGUGAACAGUGUUUACCCAUUAAUCUUACUUAGGUAAUAUAAAAAUAUCUUCCCACAUUUUCCAAUGAAACAAAAGUUGCAUAAAACAAUUGCAGCCUAAUUGGUUGAAGGGAUUACAGAGCCAAUAAAGGACUUAAACUAUAUUCAUUAAGAUUUUAUUUGGACAGGCAGCUAAAGGGAGCUGAGGAUUUCCAGGACCUUAUAAAGCCCCUAUUCUGGGAGAACAUAGGGCCAGUAAAGGCAAGAUCACAUCAUGACCUCUUGGAGGCAUUUUCAAGACAGAUACUUAACCCAUGUUUUUUAGCUAGAGCAUGUACUUUUAGCUGGUAUUUGAAUAACUCAGUUCGCUAAUUAGGAUGGAUUAACUUUUUACACAAAUUGGAUUUCAUUUUCCUAUAGUUUCUAUAGGACCCCAGGGACCUCAGAGGACAAGCUGCCUUUCUAGAGCAGCUGCACAAGGACCUGUCGGUCUGGGAAGUAUUUCAUGGGUGGGCAGAGCUCCUCUGCUCCAUCACAUGAACACACUGGUGAACAGGCCAAAACUAAAAUAGAUGUUUAUAUAGAAAGUCCAAGAGGAAAUUUUUGCCCAGCUUGAGUUCUUUCCUAUCCCACCCUAACACUUAACAUAUUACUCAGUCUGCUUUGUCAAAAGCACGUAUUACAUUUUACUUGCCUCUUACUCUUUGCCCUUUAGCUAAUCAAUAAACUUUGAUAUAAGCAUUAUUACAUAAUUCUGUGUAUCUCUCUCUUACGCCAGAUAUAUUUCUUAAACUAAGAUCUAUGAUAGUUUUUUUUUUUUUUAAGAGUUCCAUUAAAUCAUUUCUUUCCAUUACUGCCCCACCUCUGCUGUAACAUUUAAAAGUUGGCUUUGGGAACCAGGUUUUGGAAAACCAAAUUCAUAGCUGUGAGAAUGAAAAUUUUCAUGUUCUCUUUUUGAAAAGAUGUGGCCAUUAUUACAUCCAUCUUAUUAUAGGACUUUGCCUCAUAUAAUUACAGUGAUAUUUUGGUCAAGGAAUUUUAGUGACCAUUUUUACCUGAUUAUAAGCUAUGAAGCAAAUGAUACAUGUUUUUGUACAGUGUGACUCAGUGGAGAUCAGAAUAUUUCAUGUAUUAUACUGAGAAAAUUUCUAAUAUUAAUCUGUAAAUCUUUAAUUUUUAAGAGGCUUACUUUGUUCCCUUGGCUGAAUGCAUAUUUGGAUUUGUUGAAUUAUCUUGAUAAUUUUCAUUUUAACAAUAAUUAUAUGCCAGAAAUAUAUUUUAUAUUAAAUCAAAUUGAUGAUUCUACCUAUUUACAUUGUUCAUAUAAAUAAUCUAUGCUAAACAUUAAUUUCAUUUUGAUGAUUGGCCUUUAAUAUUUGUAUCCCUCAUUUUAUUUUCUCUCUGUUCUUGUAAAAUAAUAGAUAUGACGUACAGCAGUAUUCCUGAGAAGGAUUCUAUGCUGUUACUUAAAUGAAAAGACUUACUAUGAAUUGCCUGACAUAUUUUUAUUAUCUAGGCCUUGAAAUGUUCUUGUAAAGAAAAAUGCCACAAUUCUUGAUGGUAAGCAUAUUUCUUCUUUAAUGUGUGCCUCAUAUUUUUAUAGCUGGACUAAUUUUUAGUUUUUCAGGGAAAUUAAAUAAGUAAACAUGAAAAUACUGAUUGCAUUUGUUUUAUUUCAUUUUUGGAAAGUGAAUUCCAAAUUGAAAAUGUUUGACUAAUUGAAAUACUAAGUUUCAUACCAACAAUAAAUCAGUCUUUGCCUAGACUAUGAAUACGAAACUCCCGUUGGCACCUUUGUGAGUGUAUGAAUGCUUAUUGAGAGGAACUUUUAAAACAUUUAAAUAAAAGCAUAUAUGCAUUUAUUAGCUUUCAACUUUAAAUACAUAUUUUUAAAGAUGCAUGUCCUCGAUGGACUGACAUGGUGGACCAAAUCUUUUCAGAAAUAAACACUGUAGGUUUUAUUCUCCUAUAAGUCUUGGUAAUUUAUUUUUCCUUGGGCUUUUCACCCCUAAGCUAUCUAGAACAUUAUUGAAUUUUCAAUUAACUUUACAUUUACUACUCAGAGGUCAUUUCAGUGAUUUAUUCUUACUGAAAAAUCUUAAAUGAAAACACCUUAACUCUAAAACAAAAAAGUUUCCUUUCCUACUUAUUUUUUCUUAAUACCUGGGAAGAAUUAAUUUUCUUAUAUGUUGUCUUGAGAUUUAAGUAAUUGAACUAGAAGAUUUGGAAAGUAUCCAUUAAGUAAAAACAGGUUAGUGGUAUUCAGUGGGGAUGAUGGAUUGCUCAAUGGAGUGCUCAAUUUGUCUACAGCUAUAAUCAAAAGGAAGUAAGUAAUGACCUCAUCAUGUAACAAUUUGAAUUAGAAGGGAUCUUAAAACAUGCCUAAUGUAACUCUCAUAUCUGAAACUUGAAUGUGAUAAAGAACAUUUUUUAGAAACUAAUAGCAACAUCAUAUUGGGAGGUGAAAAAAUAGAGCCUUCCCAUUAGGAAAACAGUAACUCCUGUUAGCACUAUAGUAUUGCUCUAGAGUUAUCUAGCCAAUACAGAAAGACUACAAAAAGGAAUAAAUGGUAUAUAAAUACUGGAAAGUUAGAACAAAGCGAUCUUUUGUUUGUAUAUUUGCUCACAUAGAAAUAAUAGACUGAACUAAAAUACAGUAUUAGAAAAAUCAUUAUGAAGUCUGGAUACAAGAUAACUGUGUAAAAAUUUCUUUUUCUACAUCAGGGGUCAUCGGAUGAUGGCUUGCAGGCCAAAUCUGACAUGUUGCCUGUUUUUGUAAAUAAAGUUUUAUGCCCAUUUGUUUA